AUGACAGCAGCACCCAAGACUAAUGUAUCGCCGCUCGACAUCAAGAUCGUAGGAGCCGGCAUGGCAGGCCUGAGUGCUGCUAUAUCCUGUGCUCUGGCUGGUCACAAUGUCGUGGUAUUGGAGGGCGCCAGAGAGCUGGCAGAGGUAGGUGCCGGCUUCCAAGUUACGCCCAAUGGCUGUAGAGUACUUCAGCAGUACGGCCUCCUCGAAGACCUUAGACGAUCAGCGGCAGAACCGACACUAUUGCAAGUGCGGAGAUGGUCGGAUGGCAAGGUCCUGUCGAGGACGGACGACUUCAACGUGGAGAUGAAGAGCAAGUACAAUGCGCCAUUCUGGGAUCUGCAUAGGGUCGAUGUGCAGCGAGCACUGGCAGCAAAAGCAAAAGAGCUGGGCGUUGAGGUCCGGCUGGGGUCGAGAAUAGAGGACGUCGAUUUCGAUCAGGCGACGAUCCGGCUCGCCAGUGGAGAAACACUACAAGCAGACCUUAUUGUAGGCGCAGACGGCCUCUGGUCGAAGUGCAGACAAAAGUUCUUGAUGUCUAAAGGCCUUGAACCGGAUAUUCCGAUACCGACCGGCGACCUCGCCUACCGCAUCGUGCUGGAAGUCAACGAAGUCAAGAGUCAGGAAGUGAAGGACUGGAUAUCACAGCCCACAUGCCAAUUCUGGAUCGGGCCCGAAGCACACGUAGUCGCCUACUCCGUUCGCAACGGUCAAAUGAUCAACAUCGUCCUCCUCGUCCCCGACAACCUCCCACCCGACGUCUCUAAGCAAUCAGGAUCUCUCGAAGAAAUGCGAGCAAUCUUCAACCACUGGGACCCCAUGCUCAACCGCUUCCUCGACGAGGUCAAAUCCGUCGAAAAGUGGAAACUCAUGCACGGCGCCGAACUCGACAGCUGGAUCAGCCCGAAGUCAAACUUCGUCUUCGUCGGCGACGCAUGUCACUCCAUGCUUCCCUACCUCGCUCAAGGCGCCAAUAGCGCGAUCGAGGAUGGUGCAGUGCUUGGUAACAUCCUAACAGCGGUCGAAUCGAGAUCGCAACUGCCUGCUGCGUUGAAGUUGCAUGAGCAACUACGCAAGAAGAGGGGCGAAGCAAUUGUUAGAGAGACGUUUGCGCAACGCAAAGAUUUCCAUAUGCCGGAUGGGGAGGAGCAAGCGAAGCGUGAUGAGCUAAUGUUGGGCCAGCUGGGAAAGCAGAUUGAGGGCAAGUUUCCGUCGAGGUGGCAAUGCCCGGAGGUGCAGCCUUGGUUGUAUGGGUAUGAUGCGAAGGAGGAGGUUGAGAGGGCACUGAAGGCACAGCCCCUGGCGAGCGUCUCGGCAUAG